UUGAAAACCUGCAGGACUGCGGCCCUCGUGGGACUGAACUGAGUAGCCCUGCUCAAAAGUCUUGAAAUCAAUCUCAAAUCCAACAGAGGCCUUAUUAUGUUCUGUGUUCUUUUUACUUAUCUUCUCUGGUUAAUAUAGAUCAGAGCUAAUAAAGUGUCUCUCCACCUAUUGCCUUUGAAAGCAGUUAAAAAUUAGUCUAUAAAUUAAAUUCCAUCUAGGAUAAAAUGAAUGUGAAAGCACGCAGUGAAUAAUUACUUCCUUAUCAAACUGACAUCAAAGGUCACUCUAGACUACUUCUGACUAACUUUGACUAAUUCAUCCAUCUAUGAGUCUUCCUCCUGUGCCAAUUGGCUCUUGCAUCUGUCAGCUAAACACUGGAUUGGAUGAUAAGCUGGGUUGAGGGAAUGCUCUUGUAUGAUAUGGCAUUUCAACUUUGUCCCUUGAAACACUCAGGCAUUUCUCCUGCAUGCCACAGCCACAGAGGAGUGUAUUGAUCUAAUUGUCUGCUGCAUUUUUUAUUCCUGUUGAAUCGUUUUAUGAAAAUUUCACCAGCUGCUUCAUCAUCAGAAUAAUGACUUUGGCUACAGAAAGGGUAAGAUCACUGGUUAAUUUGGUUUUAAGUGAUUGAUGUAGAAUCUGUUUGGUUAAACAAAAAUAGAUGUUUGAAUGCAGGUAUACGUGGAAGUGACCUGUUUAAUUGAUUUUGUUAUCAGGAACGUGAAGUGUGAGACCCAAAUUUGCGACAGACCAAAUGGAGAUAUCGUUUGUUGUGUGUGUAAAAAUAAGCAGAAACCUAGAAAAGAAAUUGAGGAACAUCUUUGUUUCUUGUACUCUUUAUUUCAGGUCCAUGGAGGGAUGGACCUCUUUGACCUUCUGCUCAGAAACACAGAAGAAUCAGCCAGUUGCCACAGCGACCAGCCGUGGACUAUGACAACUAACGAUAGCGUAAGCCCUCAGAGAAAUGUUGCAGAUGACUUCUUAGACACUCUCCUACAUGAGUCCUCCUCUGUGCCGACAUCCCCCUUGUGGUCUCCCUGCACCACUGACAGUGGCAUUAACGAGGACCGCCUGACAGAUCACAAAGACAGCCCCCAUCAAAUCUCCUGCACUGUUCUUCCAGACUUUGACAUCCAUGCACUCCCUCAGCCUCCAUCUCUGGAGAACAAGCCACCAGCCUAUGAAAAGAUGUCCGAUGUUUCCAUUGAUUUUGACUGGGAGCCUGGUGGUCUCCAUGAGGAUUUUGGAUUUGCAUACUACCUUUCCACAAACCAAAACUCCCUGCUUCCAUCCAGCCACGCUGUCACAGUGAAAGACCUGCUGUUAUCCAACCUUGGGCAGAAAGCACAACAAACCUCUCAGCAUUCCUUUCAGGAGCUUGUGCUCAAUGAGGAUGAGAAGAAGCUUCUGGCUAAAGAAGGAGUAAACUUACCCAGCAAACUGCCCCUGUCCAAGUUUGAGGAAAGGGUUUUGAAGAAGAUCCGACGGAAAAUCCGCAACAAGCGCUCAGCUCAAGAAAGCCGGAAGAAGAAGCGAGAAUAUGUUGACAGUCUGGAAGGAAGGAUGUCUGCAUGCAGUGCUCACAACCUUGAGCUGCAGAGAAAGAUCAAACAGUUGGAGGAAACCAACAAUGCUCUGCUGAAGCAGCUUAGCCAGCUACAGGCUCUCUUUCCUAAUAGCUCCAGCAAAACAACAAAUAGAGGAACCUGCAUUUUGGUUUUGCUGCUCUCCUUUUCUCUGAUCAUUACCUCAAAUCUUCAGCCCAACCCUUACAACCAACAGAGCCAAGCAGAGUAUACAGAGACCAAAGUGCCGUCUCGUUCUCUGCAGUCGAUAGAUGAAGUAGAAGGCCUCCCUCCUCCCAAUCUCCACAUUCCCUCCAUCUCCAGGGGCUUUGAAGCCCUGCGAAGCCUAACAGAGAAGCUCUGGGCACGAACAGAACUCCCCACAGUACAACUUCCCUCCCUCUCACCAUCAUCAGGAUCACAGGCACGAAGAUGAUUACUGGACUCACAGGUGGAGAACGAUGUGGAGGAGUGUUGACUUGAUUACGAAUGCAUCAUCCAAGUGAGCCCUUUAAAUGCUUUACGGCGUUUGCUUUUCACUGUUAUGACUCAGUGAUGCUCCAACACACAAACUUCUAACCAAAAGAUGCUGCUUCAAACCAAAAUUCCCUUUCUCAAGUAUGGUCAGUGAGGAGGUCAUCCACUCAGAAAUUCUGAUAUUUUUCAUUUUGCUUUAGAAAAAAGUCUCAGAGACCUGGUGGAUCAUGUAUUACUUGCAUUGUUAAUGCUGUAUUUUAAUAUGUAUAAUCUGUAAAAUAUCUGUAUUUUAUUAUUUACCACAAUGUAUGUUUAAUAGAAAAUUAUUUGAAUUAUUCAAAGUGGUUUUGUAACAUGUUAGUGAAAUGCUGAGAAAGAUUUUUCUCAAGUUGGAACUACCUGAAAAUGCUUUAUUCUUUCCCUUUAGUUAUGUGCAAUA